AUGGGUAAUAACCAAUCUUCAACAAGCAAUUGGAAUAUGGACGAUUUAGCAUUUGGUACAGCUCCAAAUGCUGUAAAAGUUGAUGAUAUUGUUAAUGAAGUAACUAAAAUACGCUCAAAAUAUUUUGGUGGUGCAUUAGUUGAAAGUGAUCCAUCAAUGCAUCAAAUGCAAAAUGAUCUUUUAUCAUUUGAUGAGUCACUUAAACGAUUAUUUUUUCGAAGAAAAAAAAGUAAACAAUCAUCAAACAAUUUACCACCCGAAGAAUAUUAUUAUGAAGAUCAACAAUCGACACCAGCUGCAGAAAUAAAUGAUUCAAUAGAUGAUCAAUAUUAUCUUCAACCAACAUUUGAUAGAAAUGUACGAUCAUCAUCAGCAUCAGUAACUGAUUCAAUAAAUGAUGGAAUCACUAUUACUAAAAAAAUUAUUUGGAGAUGUAGUAACUGUACUGCAGAAAACAAAAUAACUGAUAAUGUAUGUCGAAGAUGUAAACUAGCAGAAACAAAGUUAUAA